GUAAGUUUAUAUUUGUACUUCGUUUUCACGACGCACUCUCUAUCGUUAUGGAGGAUAAGAACACAUCCGGCAGUGCUGCAAAUGCAGAUAAUGCAGCUUCUGGUUCCACGCCAGCAAAGAAAGCUGCCAAAUCUAAGGCUAAGGCCCAACGCCCAAAAGCGACACAUCCAUCAACUGCAGAGAUGGUUACUUCGGCUAUCAAAGAGCUGAAAGAUCGUAAGGGGUCAUCAGUACAGGCUAUCAAAAAGUAUAUUGCUUCGACUUACAAAGUUGACGGCGAAAAAUUUGCUCCGUUCAUCAAGAGAUACUUGAAGACAGCAGUUACCUCGGGUGCAGUAGUACAAACCAAGGGAAAGGGAGCAUCAGGAUCAUUUAAGCUCCCGACGACUAAGAAGCCUGUUCGUGAGGUAAAGAAACGUACUCCGAAGAAGCAAGGAGCGAUCUUGGAAGAAUCAUUACCUGAAGAAAAGACCGCGAAAAAAGCACCAAAAGCUGCUAGAAUAUGGGUCAAAACUAAAAAGGCAACGGCUGAAAAGAAGCCUGCAUCGCCGAAAAAGAAGCCCGCACCGCCAUCGAAACCAGCAGCAGCGAAAAAGAAAGAAACGGCUGCAAAGCAGAAAGCUGUCGCCCAAGCCAAGAAUCUUUCUAAGACCAAAAAAUCUCCAGCUGGUAAAGCGAAGGCUCCCAAGCCAAAAGCCAUUAAGGUUAAAGCAAAAAAAUAAUUGCUUCAUUCAGAUAAAAAAUGGCCCUUUUCAGGGCCCCAAUUUAUCUAUAUGAUGGACACAUUUCUCUGAUCGCUUAUUCUAAUUUUUCUCUUGAUUAGAUUUAAGUAAUUAUAUCUCAACUUUGUUUUUUAUUUUUUCAACUUUGUUUUUUUGAACGAGUACAGAAUUGUACCAAAUUAAAGUAGUACUUAGCUAGUAAGCAUGUUCUGUAACUUUUUGCAAUUACAUAAAGCAUAGAAAAAUAAAAAUAUGCACAUAAAACUGAAAUUAAUAAUAAUGCAGUUAUGAUUAAAAUACUCUAGUCUUUGAGGUUGAUAAAUAAAAAGAGAUAGUAUUUUUACAUAGUAUUUAUAUUUAUGUGACUAGAAAUUACGAUAGGAUAUCAAAAAAUUCUCGGAUUAAUGGGGUAAAUCCUUAAAAAAAGCAAGACUUAAAAAAUAACUUAUGAACAAUAAGAGCUUUUCAAUUACACGUACUAUUAUUUGUUUACAUAAAAGGUUUCUUUAAGUUUUUUCCUACUUUACAUUUAUUUUACACUUCCAAAACUUGUGGGAACAUUUGUCGAGAAGAGACGUUUACAACAUAGAAGAGAUCUCUUAAAAUAUAAAAAGUAUACAUAACGUAUAAUGUGUAUACGUGUAAUAUAAUGUAAUAUAA